AUGGGGAACAAAGAAGUUCGAAAGACUGGAGAUCACAAUCGCAGAGCGCUGGAAACAACCUCACCAACACAUGUGCUACAGAAUGGUCAGUGCUGGCAAGUCCUCGACACCCACCUCUUCGGAACGAGUGUCAAGUUGGCGUUCUACUACAACUUUCAGGAUGCUGCCUGGGAGAUUCCCAACCGAAACGUCUACAACCCCAAGGAGCAGCCCCUUGGAUUUGGACUCACCAGUCUAGAGGAUGGCAAGUGGCUCGUUCAGCAAAAUGAACGGGGCCACAAGGUAAGCUUUGAGUUUGUAGCCAACGGUAGCAAGGCAGUCGGCAUUCCCAGCGCCAACUCUGGAUCCGUUGCAGGUGCCAUUGACUACUUCUCGUCCUAG